GCCGCCGCCGGGGCCGGGCUCGACCAUUUCUGCGGGCGCGGGGACGAGGGGCCGAGCCCCGGGCAGCGGCUUCCCCGAGCUUCAGCACCGCGGGCCGGACAGCGCCCGGCGGGCCGGUGUCAGGCCCCGGCGCGGGGCUGCGCGGCCGCACCAUGUUCCUCGGGCUGGCGGUCGCGCUGCAGGUGCUGGCGCUGCUGGCGAGCCGGGGACACGGCUUCCCCAAACCCGCGGGCACAGAUAAAGCUAUACACAACAGACAAUUAAGUGUAGAAAGACCUUUGGAGGAACAGAUUGCUGAAGCUGAGGCAGACAAGAAUAGGAAAAUAACUCCCACAGAAAAUAAACCAGAGUUCAGGAAUUAUUCCUUUGUUGAUGACCUGAACCUGCUCAAAUCAGUAGCAGAAAGAGAAAGGAAUGAGAAGGAGAGGGAGUCAAUUAGAAGCUCUUUGUAUGAACAGCAACUGGCCAUUGAUGAUGCAGACUCCACCAAGAACCGCAGGCUUGUGGAUGACUAUGACUCCACUAAAAGCGGGCUGGAUUAUAAAUUCCAAGAUGAUCCAGAUGGCCUUCAUCAAUUAGAUGGCACUCCUUUGACUGCUGAAGAUAUUGUUCAAAAAAUUGCUGCAAGAAUUUAUGAGGAAAAUGACAGAGGAGUGUUUGACAAGAUUGUUUCAAAACUUCUAAAUCUGGGGCUAAUCACAGAGAGUCAGGCCUAUACCCUGGAAGAUGAAGUGGCAGAGGUUUUACAACAGCUAAUUGCAAAUGAAGCAAAGGAUCGUGAGAAGGAGUCUGAAGAUUUUGAUUACCCUGCCACCAGAGCAGACAGUGAUACAAAAGAAAAGCAACAGGAAAGAAUGACAUCAAGCAAAUCUGAUCAGGAUAGUUUCAUUAAUGGAGAAGUUGAUGAUACACUGGAUAACACGUGGUCAUCAUCUAAUGUGCUGGAAAGAAGAAAUGAGCUGCCUUCUGAAGAUAAUUUCGAAGAUCUCCAAUAUUUUCCAAAUUUUUAUGCAUUAUUAAAAAGUCUUAACUCAGAGACAGAGACAAAAGAGAAAGAGACCUUGAUAACUAUCAUGAAAACCCUGAUUGAUUUUGUGAAGAUGAUGGUUAAAUAUGGAACAAUCACACCAGAAGAAGGAGUUUCCUAUCUUGAAAACUUAGAUACAAUGAUAGCUGAGCAGACAAAGAAGAAGCUUGAGAACCCUUCCACUAAAACCAGGACAAAACUAACAGCAGACAAGAGUAGUGAAGAAGCAGACAGUACAAAGGAAGAAGCAGCUAAAAUGGAAAAGGAGUAUGAAGUUUCAAAGGAUUCUACAAAAACUGAAGGACAAAAUGCAGCAGGAAACAGUGGAGAAUCCGGAGGGAAAUCUGAGGCAUAUUUGGAAGCAAUCAGGAAGAACAUAGAAUGGCUGAAAAAACACAAUAAACAAGGUAACAAAGAAGACUAUGAUCUUUCAAAGCUGAGAGAUUUCAUUGAUCAGCAAGCUGAUGCUUAUGUGGACAAGGGCAUCCUGGACAAGGAAGAGGCUGAUGUAAUUAAACGCAUCUAUGGCAGCCUGUAAAGAGUUAGUGACUGCCAAACCUGUAGAAAUCUAGUCUAGUUCCCCCCACUCCUGGCUCAAUUACUUAUGAUCUGUUAAUUUGAGGAUAUCAUUAGAAAUGCUCUGUUUACAUUGUACUGACAACUCUAGACAGAAAUGAAGAGCUGUAGUGCUCCAUUCACUUUCUGCAUCCUGUAUUUUCCCACAUUCACAAAGCAACCCUAAACACCAAAUUCUGACACUGAAUUUCUAUUUGAUAAGGUAAAUAUUUCUGUAAUGCUCUCUUUGAUUUAUUGUUUGUGUUUGGUUUACUUUUGUAGCUAAACCAAUCAUUUCUGAUGGAAAUUUCUUUUAAUGCUACAUUUUUUUUGCUUUCACUCAACUAGCUUUCUAUAGAUGCAACUAUGUAAAGGGCAUUAUGAGAAAAUAGUUCAUAGUUCUCUAAAUAAAAUAUUUGAAAAUAA